AUGUCACGCCAAUCUGAUAGGCAACUGACGCCAACUCGUGCUCGCGUCAUUGACGAAGCUUACUUGGCCUUGAUGAACAUUUCGCCCGUUUCUCCUGCGGUGUCAAUACCUCCAAAGUUGGAAACUGUCUCGAAACAAGCGACCAAAGUUACCGCUCUAUCAGCAAAACUUGAAUGGAGAAUUGAGCAGUUUCAACGUCUCAUGAGGCUUUUCAAGAAUGGCCAGAAUCUUAUUUCAAAGCAAUUCGGAUCUCCAGAAGCUACUGUUGUUGCUUGGGAAUUGCAUGUUUACCCAAAUGGAAAGCGCGAUGAAGAUGCAAACAACGUGUCGUACUUCUUGCGCCAAGUUGGACUCACGCGCGACGAGGAUCCUGUUUUGACGGAGUUUCAAAUAUAUGCAUUGGAUGGAAUGGACCAACGUGUUAGCAUCUGUCGUGAUACCAAAGAUUUUAUCAAUCAACAAGGUCGUGGAAAGUUUCAGGUGUCCCGCGAGAAGAUGAAUAGCGCUCUUCAAGCAGACGGCAGUUUGAUGCUUGUGUGCGAAGUUGAAUACUUGCCACCUGGAGUCAAGAUGCACGCGGAAACGGAUAGGCCAUCAUUUAUCAUGCACGAAAGCAAGGAAAAUCGCAUUCGCGAUGCAAAUCGAGAGAUGUUGGAAAAUGAGCUGUUCACCGACUGUGUUAUCCAGGUCGACAAUAAGCAAAUCAAGGCUCAUAAAUGUGUUCUUGGUCAACACUCCGAAGUUUUCCGCAUGAUGUUUGCGAACGAAAUGAUGGUUGAAGCAAAGGAAGGAAUUAUUGAUAUCAAGGAUUGCAAAUACGAGCCCAUGCUUGCUAUGAUCAACUUCAUUUAUGCCAACGCUUUCGAACUGGAUGAAACUUGUGCUGAAGAUGUCUUGCAAAUCGCUGACAAGUACGCCGUUUUCCCGCUAAAGGAAAAAUGCGAGAAGCAUCUUGCCAGUCAAUUGACUUUGACGAACUUCCUUUCGACCGCCGUCUUUGCUGAUACGUACUCGGCCCAGCUUCUCAAGGCUGCUUGCGUUCGUUAUUUCUGUGAGAAUCAAAGGAAUAUUAUUAAAUCGCCCGAAUGGGAAGAAAUGAAGUCGACUCGUCCUCAUCUUCUUAUUGAUAUUAUGGAAUUGGCAUUCACCGUCAAUGCUUCUGGCUCACCAUACGCCGAUUCGCCAUCAUAUGAAGUUGCCGAUGAGUAUAGACCACGCAAGAGGGCCCGCAGAUCUGCUGUGUCUCCACAA